AUGGCUCGCACCGUCCGACUCGCCGCUGCCCAACUGGGCACCACCAACAAAUGGGACGCGCGAGAGAAAACGCUGGAGCGAAUGAUCCUCCUGCUCAAGGAUGCUGCUGCACAGGGCGCGAAGCUGGUUCUCUUCCCUGAAAUCGCAUUCACCACCUUUUUCCCGCGAUACUUGAUCCUCGACCAAGAGGAACUGGAAAGCUGGUUCGAACACGGCGACAUCACCACCGCACCGCGAACCAAAGCCCUCUUCGACACUGCUCGCGAUCUGGCCGUGGACAUCAUAGUCGGAUUCGCAGAAGCCACCGAUGACGGCGAGCACUUCAACAGCUGCGUGUACUACCACGCAGCCACGGGAUCCAUUCUAUCCAAAUACCGCAAGAUCCAUCUCCCCGGUGACGUCGAGCCUCUCGCAGACCCCAAAGCCGUCAACCAGCUCGAAAAGCGAUACUUCCGACCGGGCAACCUCGGCUUCCAGGCCUUCCGUGCCCCUGGCCUUCUCCCCUCCGACGAAGACACCCCCGACCCGAUCCUGGGCAUGAUGAUCUGCAACGACCGCCGCUGGGCCGAGUCCUGGCGCGAGUACGGUCUCCAAGGCGUUGAGAUCGUGGCCUGUGGAUUCAACACGAACGGCUACGCCCCCCAAUUCUGGGGACAAUCGGCCGACAUGGAUCCCAAGGAAGCCGAGGAACUCUCCCUCUUCCAUCACAAACUGGUCAUGCAAUGCCACUCCUACACCAACGCCUGCUUCUCCAUCAGCGCAGCACGCUGCGGCCUCGACGACGGCGAGUACCCGCUCAUCGGCGGCUCGACCAUCAUCGACCCGGAGGGACGCAUCAUCGCCGAAACCAAAACCACUGACGACGAAAUCAUCGUCGCAGACUGCGACCUCACCCUCUGUCGCGCGGGCAAGACCCGCACCUUUGACUUUGCCCGUCAUCGUCGCAUCGAGCACUACGGCCGCAUCACCUCCCAGACCGGCGUGAUCGAGCCACCGCUCCACGAUCCCAAUAUCUCAUCAGCCAACGGCCACAUCACCACCCCCUCCAACAAAACCAUCCGCAUCCUCCUCAUCAACCCCAACUCCACCCACUCCAUGACAACCAACUGCAUCUCCCUCAUCAAACCCACCCUACCCCCCGACGUCGAAGUCACCGGCUUCACGGCCCCCCUCCCCGCCCCCACCGCCGUCGAAGGCAUCCUCGACAGCGUCCUCUCCGCCGCUGCCACCCUCCGCGCCAUCCUCCCCCUCGCAGACCAAUACGACGCUUUCCUGGUGGCCUGCUACAGCGAUCACCCGCUCAUCCGGGCCUUGCGCGAGGAACUUCCCGUCCCGGUCAUCGGGAUCAUGGAAGCGAGUCUCUUCGCGGCGCGGACCGUGGGGAGUCGUUUCGGGGUGGUGGUCACGUCCGCGCGAUCGAAAAUCAUCCACGCCGACGCGAUCCGACAUGCCGGGAUGGAUGGGUUCUGUGCGGGCGUGGAGGCGUGUAAUCUUGGUGUAUUGGAGUUGGAAAGUAAAGAUGAGGCGGAGGUGGUGGGGGCGAUGUGUGGUGCUGCGGAGAGGUUGGUCGCCCAGGGCGCGGAUACGAUUACCCUUGGUUGUGCGGGGAUGGUUCGGCUGAAGGGGGCGGUGGAGAAGGUCGCGGGCCCGGAUGUACAGGUUAUUGAUGGGGUCGUGGCGGGCGUGCAUCAUUUGGUGUCGUUGGUGAGGAUGGGUGCUAGGACGGCGAAGAGGGGGGCGUAUGUGAGUUCUCGGGUGGCGAGGGUGAAGAGGGGGCAGGAUUAUCUUUAG